AUGGAUCCCACUGUGAAGAAACCAACCUAUUUGAACGACCCCCACAAUGCCGAUGAUGAUGUCGAAGAGAUUGAGAACAUCAAAGUCAACAACAUCAAUAUCCAGACAGAACUCAGUAGCAUUGAGUCAACGGCUGCCUCUAAGGCAGCUUGGUUGAUUUCCAUUGUUGUCUCCAUUGGCGGGUUUCUGUUUGGUUACGAUACGGGAUACAUCUCCGCAGUGCUGGUAACCAUCAACACAUCCCUUGGUCAUGUUUUGAGUACGAACGAACAAGAAAUGGUGACGUCCUUAACUAGCGGUGGAGCACUCGUGGGGGCGAUAGGAGCUGGUCUGACUGCUGAUCGAUUUGGCCGUCACUGGCCAAUCUGGGGUGCAUGUUUGUUGUUUGUGGUAGGCUCCGUGCUGCAAACAUGCGCAUACUCCGUUGGUCAGUUCGCCACGGGGAGGUUUGUGGUCGGCCUUGGGGUAGGCGGCGCUGCCAUGGUUGUCCCUCUCUACAGUCAGUUUCUCUUCAAGUCUUUCUACAAUGCCCUCGCUGACAUAUUUCAAUUGUUUCCCGCAGUUGGAGAGCUGGCUCCCGCACAGUACCGUGGCCGCAUGGUCGCAUUUAACAACAUGAGUGUAACAUUCGGCCAGCUGGUGGCCAGUGCGAUCGGCGCAGGUUUCGCUGAAGUACAUGGCGAAGGAUGGCGAGCUACCGUGGGCAUUGGAGCUGUUCCAGCUAUGGUUCUUGCCGGACUCCUGAUCACAUGCCCAGAGUCACCUCGUCAACUUGUCUCCCACGGCAAUAUCGAGGAGGCACAUACGGUUCUCUUGCGAAUCUACCCCACGUCUACUGUUGAACAGCGUCAAGCAAAAAUCACAUCUAUCGAGCUUUCUCUUCAGGAGACCUCUCAUGGAAUGGCAGAAGAGUCUCUAUGGUCUACUCUGAAAAGAGUCUUCAAUACUCCGGCCACAGCUCGCGCUGUCUUGACGGCUUGUGUUGUUAUGGCGAUCAGCCAGCUUGGUGGCUUCAACACUCUGAUGUACUAUGCCUCAACGUUGUUCUCAAUGGUCGGGUUCACCAAUUCUACCGCAGUGGGAAUCACAGUUUCUGGCACGAAUUUCGUGUUUUCGUUUGUGAACCUGAUGCUGGUUGAUAAAUUCGGUCGGCGAAUCAUCCUAACGAUUACAGUACUUGGAAUGUCAAUUUGCAUGAUAGUGGCCCUCGUGGCAUUCAUGUAUAUUCCCGUGAAUCUUCACACUUUGGAAGUCGAGAAUUCCCAUGUCGGCUGGCCGGGGGUUCUUGUUCUUGUCGCCAUUAUAUGCUAUGUUGCAUGCUACUCGUCUGGCGUCGCCACGAUUGCUUGGAUUGGUAUGGAAUUGAUUCCAUUGGAGGUUCGAGCUGUAGGAACCAUGCUGAAUACUGUUACUUGUUGGGGCUGUAAUAUAAUCAUCUCCUCCACGUAUCUUUCCAUGAUGAAAGGCCUGACCCCAAGCGGGACCUUUGGGUUUUACGCCGCGAUCUGCUUCCUUGGCUGGGUAUUUGUUGUUUUCUUUUACCCCGAGUGUAAGGGUAUGCCCCUGGAAGCUGUGCGUGAAGUUUUUAGCAAGGGCUUUGGAGUUCGGUACUCGAAACAGUGGCAAAAAGAUCAUAAACACGAUGCAAAGGUGGAGACUGUAGUUAUGGGUCAUUAG